UUCCAGAACGUAUCGCGCAGGUGACAACUCUCAACAAAAUAAAUUCCAAUUCAAAAUUUUUUUCGCGAAUUUUGUUAUUAACAAUUACGGAAAAACAACCACUGGAAUAAAUCAAAAUGGCACAAUUAUGAACAAAUAUGGAGAUUAAUAAGUAAUGUCGAGUUUAGACAACAGUGAUGCCAGGUUUAGAGGGAAGCAUUUGGUACGAAACAAGUUCAUCCGCGCACAGCCUAAUGUCCGAUGGAGUCGCCGCCGAGCAAGUGAAAAAAUUUUUUUUCACGUCUCGACGAUCACACGAGUCCGGGCAACACGACGAGUCGCUUGAGAUUUACAUACCAGAGUUGCUUCAAGCCAGUUACAGUUACUACACGUGGCCCUCAGCACCCGUGCUAGCCUGGUAUUUGUGGGAGCAUCGAGAGGAGCUCCUAGGCAAACGUGUUCUCGAAUUGGGAUCAGGCACAGCCCUCCCAGGGAUUGUAGCCAGCAAGUGCGGUGCUCACGUGAUUCUCAGUGACUCAGCAAGCUUUCCAAAGAGCCUUCAGCACAUCAAGAGAAGCUGCGAACUCAACGGAGUACUCUCCCAAGUGAAGGUAAUAGGCAUAACCUGGGGUUUAUUUCUCUCGAGUCUGUUCUCUAUCGGCCCACUGGACGUGAUUCUCGGCUCUGAUUGCUUCUACGAGCCAUCGGUCUUCGAGGACAUUGUCGUAACUGUUGCAUUCCUCUUGGAAAAAAAUCCUAACGCAAAAUUCCUCUGCACUUAUCAAGAACGCAGUGCUGACUGGUCAAUCGAGCAUUUACUGAACAAGUGGGGCUUAUCCUGUACACAUAUAUCUUUAGCAGGACUUGGUGCUGAUUCAGGUGUGACUCUUGCUGAGUUGAUGCAAGAUCAUACGAUACAUUUGCUGGAUAUAAGGCGAAAAAAUUGAAGGAUCGUUGACACAGACAAUAGGAUGGCAGCUAAUAUUGGAAGAGCCUUGAACAAAUUACGUGUCGUCAACAUUCCUUGGACAGUUGGUGACCAACAAUUGAAAGAGUAUUUCUCUAAAUUUGGCCCAAUAGCCAAAGCCAAAGU